AUUUUUAUAUUUAGGGCGUUUAUGGACCCUAAACUCCACAGUAUUUUCUUGGAAAUGGGCUUCAUUCCGUGGAAACGGUGGGACCUGUGCCAAUACUCCCAUUUUAGAUAACAACAUAGCCUUUUAAUAUACCUCUUAUGAUUUUUUAAUGAUGUCUACAACAACCGGGAGAGACUUAAGGAGAUGACAAAUAUUUAUGAUCUACCACUGAUAAAAGCAUCAAAACUGUGCUAAAAGACUGGUGCUUCCUGUAGAUGUCAAAAUAAAACUUUAUUUAAUAUUAAGAACAGCAAACGAGCAUUAAAUGGAAGUGAAAAUUACAAUAUUAAGUCUUAAAUUGUUGGAAUUGUACAAGUUUGUCUGUUUUAAAAACAACGCUUGGCUUGAGCGUAAACAGUCGGACUAUUGGGCUUUUAUUUUGAAGUACAAGCAAAGCUAUUUCCGGUGAAGUCUUUAGCUUGAUGCAGUUAGCUGCUAGCAGAUUCACAAACCGUGAAAGUGGCGGAGGAGGCGGACAUUGUGGCGCUGACCCUCCGGCCCAAUGAGGAGCAGAAACCCCGGCGGUCAGCUGAGCAAAAAGGAACGUUUUUAAAUUGUGCUUUGUUUUUUUUUUACACGCGGAGUAAUGAACCCUUCGUGAGAAGCCCCCUGCUUUCUCCCCCCCGUUGGCAGCCACCGAACCGGGGAAGAGCCGAGUCCAUUCAGCCGAGGCGAGCGGAGGACAAUCCGAUCAGACGAUGGCAGCGGCGGUAGAAAGCCAACAUCUGCGGGCCGUCAAUCACCGGAGCCUGAUGGAAUAAAUAGGAAAAAGAAGCAGUGGAUCGAAGUGGGUUCCGUAUUUGCCUUGAAAACACCCUCCAAAAUAAGCACAGUUCCUUUCCUGUUCCUGUGGAGGCCUCUGCUGGAAGAAGCUGCUUACAGGUUGAUUUAGUUUCCUUUGUGGUGCAUUUCACUCAUUCGGCACUGAAGAUCUCCCAACUGGAAGCUUUCUGCCUCCGGCGUGAUGCUCACACCUGGAAGACAACACUGCAUGAGGGUGUCGAGCUCCUGAAGCACAUUUUCCAUUCUCAGGGAUUACCGUAGUAGUGGGGGGGUCGUUGUGACAUGACGGAGAAGAUGAGCAGCGAAAGCGAGCUCCUGAACCGGGAGCUGUCCAAGAUGUCCGACGAGGACCUCUUGGCGUGCUCCAAGGAGGAGCUCCUGAGUCGUCUGCGCAAGGAGGAGUCGGAGAAGAUCUCAGCCCUCAUCCAACGCGGGAGGCUCAUCAAGGAGGUGAACAAACAGCUGCAGGGCCACCUCCUGGAAAUCAGGGAGCUGAAAGUCAUCAACCAGCGUCUGCAGGAGGAGAACGUGGAGCUGAGGGACCUGUGCUGCUUCCUGGACGACGACCGGCUCAAAGUGAAGAAGCUGGCGCGGGAGUGGCAGCUCUUCGGGCACCACGCCGCUAAAGUGAUGCGGGAGGACCUGGGGGGCUACUUGAAGAAGCUCGCCGAGCUGGAACGCAUGCAGGACGGCCUGGUGAAGGAGAACCUGGACCUGAAGGAGCUGUGCCUGGUCCUGGAGGAGGAGUGCGUGAGCAGGAGCGACUCCAGCCCCGGCGGCUCCACCGAGCUCGCCCUGCCUUGCAUGGUGGCCCGGGACCUGGGCGACGGGAGUUCCAGCACGGGAAGCGUGGGGAGUCCGGACCAGCUCCACUUGGUCUGCUCCCCGGAUGACUGAAAAAAGGGCUCAAACGUGGAUGCUGAGGGCUAGACGAGCGGCGACGGCUUUGUCGGGCGUUUCCAUCGAAGCCUUCGAACGCUGCAGGACUUUCCCGGCGCCGCCAUCGCCGGCGUUUUCAUAGGCCGGAUAACCCGAGGUCGAUUUUACAGCUUUUUCUAACGACUCGUCUCUUUUUCGAGGGGCACAAUUCUCCUUUUGCAGUUCUUUGUUGUUUAAAAAAAGACGGACCCAUCUGGGGGUUCCUUGAACGCACCGUGCACUGGACUAGCCGACACUGCUGGAAAAAAACCCAGCGGGCACGCGACGCUGAAACGACGUCAAUCGGCUGUUGACGUCUGUCAUCGUCGGGUUCCGACGUCAGUUAACAUUCGGACUCAACGUUGCAGUUCGACAUUCCUUAAAUGUUCCACUUCAAUGUUGUCCCGAUUUUACGAAUACGGUUUUACUGGAAAUGUUCAACGCCACGAGUCGUUCCUCAACGUGGCGUGCCUGCUGGGUGAGCCUUUUCUUCUGGACUUCCACUGGACUAUCGUUGAUCUUCUUCAAAUCAAAGAUCGAUUCCAAUCCAGUUUUGAGCCAUAUUUAGUCCAUGGAAUCCCAAGCACUGAAACCGGAUCGUAAAAGAGCGUAUUUGAUAUUCCAUAUUAGACGCGAGUGCCAUAAGACGUGCAUGAUGCUUGUUUUUCUCAGCGCUAUGAUGUGGCGGCCCCUUCAGGUUUACAGCGGCGGGUACAAGACCGGACCCGGCACGCCACGUGGAUGUUUUUGGACCUCGCUCGGAACUGGUAGUUUGACGCUUUUUCAAAACGAAAAAAAAAAAACAAAACGGGAAAAUCCAACUGGAAAGUCUUUGUAUCAGACCGGAAAGGUUUCUGUUUCCAUUCUACUGCGUUUUUUUUUUUGUUUCUUGCUGUUGUUGUUCACUUUUGGGGUGCCUUCACACUUGUCAGGUUUGGUGGGGGGCGCCGUCAUUAUGGCUCCGAUAACCCGUUGUUUAAAAAAAAAAAAAGAAAAACUCUAAUAAGGCGAGAUUACCCGUACUGUGCUAGUAUUAGCCUCCAAUACAAAAAGACACCAGCUCCAAUAUGAAACUAGUCGCUAAGUGGCUAGCAGGCUAACCGGCUAGCAGCUAGUUUCAUGUGGUGUCGCGAGGUCAAAAUCGGAUUAAAACUAAUUUAAUCUCUAUGCUACUAAAAUUGGAUUAUUUUUCCUCAUAAUACUACAAGUUUAUUCUCGUAAAAAUGUGACUUUUUUCCCGCAAUAUGACUUUUUUUUUUUUAGCCGCAAACCGGCUAGCGGCUAGUUUCAUGCGGUGUUGCGAGGUGUUGUCACGCCAGUCAAAAACGGAUUAAAACUAAUUUAAUCUCUAUGCUACUAAAAUUGGAUUAUUUUUCCUCAUAAUACGACAAGUUUAUUCUCGUAAAAAUGUGACUUUUUUCCCACAAUAUGACUUUUUUUAGCCGCUAACUGGCUAGCGGCUAGUUUCAUGUGGUGUUGUAAAGUCAAAAUCGGAUUAAAACUAAUUUAAUCUCUAUGCUACUAAAAUUGGAUUAUUUUUCCUCAUAAUACUACAAGUUUAUUCUCGUAAAAAUUUGACUUUUUUUUCCCACAAUAUGACUGUUUUUAGCUGCUAACUGGCUAGCGGCUAGUUUCAUAUGGUGUUGCGAGGUCAAAAUCGGAUUAAAACUAAUUUAAUCUCUAUGCUACUAAAAUUGGAUUAUUUUUCCUCAUAAUACGACAAGUUUAUUCUCGUAAAAAAUUUACUUUUUUUCCCGCAAUAUGACUUUUUUUAGCCGCUAACUGGCUAGCGGCUAGUUUCAUGUGGUGUCACGAGGUCAAAAUCGGAUUAAAACUAAUUUAAUCUCUAUGCUACUAAAAUUGGAUUAUUUUUCCUCAUAAUACGACAAGUUUAUUCUCGUAAAAAAUUUACUUUUUUUCCCGCAAUAUGACUUUUUUUAGCCGCUAACUGGCUAGCGGCUAGUUUCAUGUGGUGUUGCGAGGUCAAAAUCGGAUUAAAACUAAUUUAAUCUCUAUGCUACUAAAAUUGGAUUAUUUUUCCUCAUAAUACUACAAGUUUAUUCUCGUAAAAAUGUGACUUUUUUCCCAAAAUAGGACUUUUUUUUUUAGCCGCUAACCGGCUAGCGGCUAGUUUCAUGUGGUGUCGCGAGGUCAAAAUCGGAUUAAAACUAAUUUAAUCUUUAUGCUACUAAAAUAAGAUUAUUUUUCCUCAUAAUACUACAAGUUUAUUCUUGUAAAAAUUUGACUUUUUUUCCCACAAUAGGACUUUUUUUAGCCGCUAACUGGCUAGCGGCUAGUUUCAUGUGGUGUUGUGAGGUCAAAAUCGGAUUAAAACUAAUUUAAUCUCUGUGCUACUAAAAUUGGAUUAUUUUUCCUCAUAAUACGACAAGUUUAUUCUCGUAAAAAUGUGACUUUUUUCCCGCAAUAUGACUUUUUUUUUAGCCGCAAACCGGCUAGCGGCUAGUUUCAUGCGGUGUUGCGAGGUGUUGUCACGCCAGUCAAAAACGGAUUAAAACUAAUUUAAUCUCUAUGCUACUAAAAUUGGAUUAUUUUUCCUCAUAAUACUACAAGUUUAUCUUGUAAAAAUUUUACUUUUUUUCCGCAAUAGGACUUUUUUUUUUAGCCGCUAACGGGCUAGCGGCUAGUUUCAUGUGGUGUCGCGAGGUCAAAAUCGGAUUAAAACUAAUUUAAUCUCUAUGCUACUAAAAUAAGAUUAUUUUUCCUCAUAAUACUACAAGUUUAUUCUUGUAAAAAUUUGACUUUUUUUUCCCACAAUAUGACUUUUUUUAGCCGCUAACUGGCUAGCGGCUAGUUUCAUGUGGUGUUGCGAGGUCAAAAUCAGAUUCAAACUAAUUUAAUCUCUCUGCUACUAAAAUUGGAUUAUUUUUCCUCAUAAUACUAUAAGUUUAUUCUCGUAAAAAUUUGACUUUUUUUCCCCACAAUAUGACUUUUUUUAGCCGCUAACUGGCUAGCGGCUAGUUUCAUGUGGUGUUGCGAGGUCAAAAUCGGAUUAAAACUAAUUUAAUCUCUAUGCUACUAAAAUUGGAUUAUUUUUCCUCAUAAUAAGACAAGUUUAUUCUCGUAAAAAAUUUACUUUUUUUCCCGCAAUAUGACUUUUUUUAGCCGCUAACUGGCUAGCGGCAAGUUUCAUGUGGUGUCGCGAGGUCAAAAUCGGAUUAAAACUAAUUUAAUCUCUAUGCUACUAAAAUUGGAUUAUUUUUCCUCAUAAUACGACAAGUUUAUUCUCGUAAAAAUGUGACUUUUUUUCCCGCAGUAGGACUUUUAUUUUAGCCGCUAACCGGCUAGCGGCUAGUUUCAUGUGGUGUCACGAGGUCAAAAUCGGAUUAAAACUAAUUUAAUCUCUAUGCUACUAAAAUUUGAUUAUUUUUCCUCAUAAUACGACAAGUUUAUUCUCGUAAAAAAAUUACUUUUUUUCCCGCAAUAUGACUUUUUUUAGCCGCUAACUGGCUAGCGGCUAGUUUCAUGUGGUGUUGCGAGGUCAAAAUCGGAUUAAAACUAAUUUAAUCUCUAUGCUACUAAAAUUGGAUUAUUUUUCCUCAUAAUACAAGUUUAUUCUCGUAAAAAUGUGACUUUUUUUCCCGCAGUAGGACUUUUAUUUUAGCCGCUAACUGGCUAGCGGCUAGUUUCAUGUGGUGUCGCGAGGUCAAAAUCGGAUUAAAACUAAUUUAAUCUCUAUGCUACUAAAAUUGGAUUAUUUUUCCUCAUAAUACUACAAGUUUAUUCUCGUAAAAAUGUGACUUUUUUUUCCCACAAUAUGACUUUUUUUUAGCCGCUAACUGGCUAGCGGAUAGUUUCAUGUGGUGUUGCGAGGUCAAAAUCGGAUUAAAACUAAUUUAAUCUCUAUGCUACUAAAAUAAGAUUCUUUUUCCUCAUAAUACUACAAGUUUAUUCUCGUAAAAAUGUGACUUUUUUCCCACAAUAUGACUUUUUUUAGCCGCUAACUGGCUAGCGGCUAGUUUCAUGUGGUGUUGCGAGGUCAAAAUCGGAUUAAAACUAAUUUAAUCUUUAUGCUACUAAAAUUGGAUUAUUUUUCCUCAUAAUACUACAAGUUUAUUCUCGUAAAAAUGUGACUUUUUUCCCAAAAUAGGACUUUUUUUUUUAGCCGCUAACCGGCUAGCGGCUAGUUUCAUGUGGUGUCGCGAGGUCAAAAUCGGAUUAAAACUAAUUUAAUCUUUAUGCUACUAAAAUUGGAUUAUUUUUCCUCAUAAUACUACAAGUUUAUUCUCGUAAAAAUGUGACUUUUUUCCCGCAAUAUGACUUUUUUUUUUUAGCCGCAAACCGGCUAGCGGCUAGUUUCAUGUGGUGUCGCGAGGUCAAAAUCGGAUUAAAACUAAUUUAAUCUUUAUGCUACUAAAAUUGGAUUAUUUUUCCUCAUAAUACUACAAGUUUAUUCUCGUAAAAAUGUGACUUUUUUCCCGCAAUAUGACUUUUUUUUUAGCCGCAAACUGGCUAGCGGCUAGUUUCAUGCGGUGUUGCGAGGUGUCGUCACGCCAGUCAAAAACAGAUUAAAACUAAUUUAAUCUCCAUGCUACUGAAAUGAGAUUAUUUUUCCUCAUAAUAUGACAAGUUUAUUCUCGUAAAAAUGUGACGUUUUUCCUUUUUUUUUUUUACCCGCUAGCGGCUAGUUUCAUGUGGUUAGGGUUAGCGGCUAGUUUCAUGUGGUGUUGCGAGGUGUCGUUACGCCAGUCAAAAACAGAUUAAAACUAAUUUAAUCUCUAUGCUACUAAAAUGAGAUUAUUUUUCGUCAUAAUGCUAAAAGUUUAUUCUCAUAAAAAUGUGACUUUUUUUCCCGCAAUAGGCUUCAUAUUUGAACGUUAGUCUGCUAAAAUGACUGCCGUGUUUUGCAUUUCUGCUGUUUUGCUACUUUUAUGACUUUAUUCCCAUAAUAUUUUGACUUUAUAUUUGUAACAUUAUGUGAGGGAUGUCUGAUAUCAGCAUAAAAAUGUGAUAUCGGUCUACAUCGGUAUCGGAUUAUUUCCUGACCAUGAAAACCGAUAUGAAAAAAAUGCUGUAUGGUAUCGGUUUUCGGCAAAAAAAAGCGAAAAUCGGACAUCUCAAAGUUAUCUUUUUCCAGAACCUAGUUUGUUUCUCAUAAUAUUUCCAUGUUUCAGAAUAUGAUUUCUCCUUAUAAUAUCACAUUAUUAGUUACUAGUAGAAUCCAUUUUUCUUGUUAGACUAGCGUUGUAAAAUGCCAUGCUUGCAUACGUGCUGCAGGCCGCACUUUGGACACCUUUUGUUUCCUCGUCUUCACCGCACCGCAAACUUGACAAAAGUAUCGAACCUGACGUGUGAACGCAGCCUCGGUUGCUCCUCUUUUGGUCUCCUGUGUAUGCUUUGUAUUUGCCCUGCAACACCAAGGACAGUUUGACCUUGGACUCUUCUUGCUUUGUAUGAACUGGAAGGACCAAGGAACCCUUUUAGUUGACGUGAAGCCAUGCCCAGGAUGUUCCCGGAGAUGUUUGAUGGCGGGCUGUGUGCUUGGUAGUGCAUUGAAGAGCUUUAAAUACAGUACAGUGCUACGA